GAGGAACAGUGCAUUCCAUCAAUGAAUGAUAUUGUGAAAUUGACAGUUCUGCAUAUUUUACAUACAAAAAAAUUAAUAAGAAAAUAGCUUUUUGCAGGUGCAUAGGGCAAAAUUUGCUAUAUCUCAAAUGACCAGUCUGAAUAUUAAUUCAGAAAUGGUUUAGACAGUUUGUUUUUAAAUUAGAAAUUCCAGUUUGAAGAUAUGUGAAACCAGCUACAGAAUCUUUAUAUCCAAAUAAAAAAUCUAGAAAUUUCCUGCAACAUUUUUGUUAAAAAGUUGUAGAAUUAUUAAAAGUUGAUAAAUAUGAUUUUUUUUAAAAAGGUAAUUCAGUUUUUUCAAUCACUUUAAAAUAUCAGCGGUCCAUCCCUAAUAUCUGAAGUUUGCAUUUUGCAUUGAUUCCAACCAAUGUUAUCGACUUAAAUUGAACGUGUUGUGAAUCUGUUUAAGGAUCCUUGUGGUGAAGACUAACUCCUUUGUUUAUAAAGACUUGUUUAAUUAAUUCAACUCGGGUUUUAAAAAACAGAUCACAAGGAUCGUGACUUGCUUGUUUGUAGUUUUUACCAAAUCCGUAAAAGAAAUAAAAAAGUUGUUUGUAAAAGUGCAAUUUUUUUUAUGAGAUAGCUGUUUACUGUCUCAAUGAUUGAACGUAGCAUUAUUUUUGAAAAGGGGGAGGGGGCAGACUUGCCCGAAAUUUCGACAUGCUAAAUAUCGGGAAAUUAUUCAUGAUAAAAAUAUACCUAAUACCUAUAAUUAGGUAUGGGGUAAUUUUUUUCAUGAAAAAAAAAAUGGAUAAUAUUAAUGAUAGGUACCUGUGCCUAAAAAUCCAUUGUAAUUGUUUUGUUAGUAUUUGUUAUUUGUUAGUAUUAGAUAAGAAUUACACAUGCAUGAACACAUUGUUGCCCACCAAUGUCCAAUGAAUUCUUUGGAUCUAUUAAAUUAUUUGUCUUUUACACGUAUAUAUGUUCUCUCUCUGCAUUUUGCUCUGAAUCUCCGAUUUAAUUGUUUCAAGUCUCGACGAGGUCAAGUUGACUGCAAUUCUAAACAAGCAUUGAAUGCUUGCAUAUUGUUAUCAUUUUGAUGUAAAAGUUAAAUUGUACAAAAAAAUCAAAUGACAAAUUGAUGAUUAAAACAAGUGGUAAAUUAUUGUUCAAAUUACACUGCAUGUUUUCUAGAUAAUAAACCACAUUGUUUGCAACACUCCCAACCCAAAACAACGUAACUGUUACGGUGACGCGCCAUUUGUCAUGUAACAUUGUCCGUUCCACCUGAAGGGUUUAUUUUUCGAAAAAAAUAUCAGCUAAACAAAUCCAGCCUUUUGAUUGGUGCAUGUUGACAAUCCUACAUCCUUAAGUAGACGAUAAACCGUAUUAAACUCAACUGUUUUAAUUUAAUUUUCUAACGAAGAACAGUUCAGAUCCAUUGAAAAACAUAUAUAUUGUAUCAUGCAUUCCAUGAACUGUAUUGUGAUUUUGGUCGUUCAUAUCUAUUGUUUCAGUUUUUGUAAUGGCUGGAUAUUACAUGCAAAAUCUUUGUGUAAAGAAAUGAAUGACGAUAGUCCAGUGGUGAAAAACAUCACUAUUACCUACACAAUACGUAACACAUUCUCGGAACCUUGGUAUGUGUAUGAACGAAACGUGACGUCGUCAGAUGGUCAACCGUUCAUCCGGUUUAUGGAGCAGGCAGCUGAUGACGACGACACAAAUUACAAGUUUUCCACAACAUACGACAGUAAGCACGGGUAUAUUAUUCUAGGCUUGGGUAAAGAGGGGCAAUGUGGUGGCUCCAGUCUCACUUCCUGGCAGUUCAAGAAAGGGCCAUCUACAAUCCUUUCUACCGACGUGAGUCGGUAUAUUCCCGAGGACGGAGACCACCUCAUCAUGGAUUGCGUCAUGGCGGUACUCUAGCCAAUCAGAUUGCAUUGGCACCCAAAUCAGAAAUCCACCAUUUAUUUUAUAUUUAUAUGUCAUCAUUAUUAAUAUGUAUGAACUUAUUAUAAAUGAAAAAUGAAGUGAU